GGAAGCGGAAGCUCGCUCGUAGUCGUAGGCCAGCCUACCCGCCUCCCCUCCCCUAUUAUAACUUCCCUCCAAAGUCCAAUCCCACCACAAUUCACACACGCCGGAGGAGCAGCGAGAUACAGAGCCCCAUGUGACGGAUUCAUGGUGGUGGCAGGACGAAGAAGCAGCAGCCGCAGAGCAUCAUACUUAUCAUAUAAGUAGAGGAGCCGGCGCCAUUCUUUCUCUCCCCGGAGACUCUGAGCCAGCAAGUUAGAGCAGCAGGGGUGGAGCCGGCGGCGGUGGUAGAGAGGGAGAGGUUCGAGAUGGGGACGGGGUGGCGGAGGGCGCUGUGCACGUCGGUGAGCCGGGACGACAGCAGCGACGGCGGCGGCAGCGGCAGCGCCAAGCGCCGCCCGCCGCCCGCGCGCGGCGACGCGCCGGCGACCCCGCGGAAGCUGGCCUUCUUCUCCGGCAUGGGCGGCGGUGGCGGCGGCAACCCGUCGGCCCCCGCGCUGCGGUGCCGCACGAAGCCGACGGCGGAGCCGGAGAGCGUGGCGCCCGUGACGCCGCCGCAGCCGGCGUCGGCGCCGGUGUCGGCCAGGAAGCGGGUGCCGCUGCUGCAGGCCAUCUCGGCGCCGUCCUCGCCCAGAUCCCCCUCCAGAUUCGCGCUCUUCAAGGCCUCCAUCCUCCCCACCAAGGCACGGUGCGGCGUGUGCACGCGGGGCGUCAAGAACGGCGGCGGGGCGGCGGUGUUCACGGCGGAGUGCUCCCACUCCUUCCACUUCCCCUGCAUCGCGGCGCGCGCGCGCGGGGCCGCCUCCGGCGCGCUCUGCUGCCCGGUCUGCUCCGCGCCGUGGCGCCAGGCGCCGUUCCUCGCGUCGCUCCGCCUCCACCUCGACGUCGACGGCUCCCCGCACCGCAAGCGCAGGACCUCCGACGACUCCCGCAAGGCAGCGCCGCCGCCGCAGACCAAGGCGGCCGGCGUGCCCAAGGUGUACGACGACGACGAGCCGCUCCUGGCGCCCAAGUCCGCCGCCAACGGCAGCGGGUUCAACCCGAUCCCGGAGGCGGACGAGGACGAGGGCGAGGGCGAGGGCGAGGAGGCCGGCCGGGAGGGCGAGUUCCGGGGCUUCUUCCCGCACCCGCCGCGGGCGCGGACCGGGCUGGCGGUGACCGUGGCGCCGGAGGCCGCGCUGGUGUCGUCCGGCCGGCGGCACGGCAAGUACGUGGUGGUGGUGAAGGUGAAGGCGCCGGGGCUGCGGUCGUCGGCGUCCCGGCGCGCGCCCAUCGACCUGGUGACGGUGCUGGACGUGAGCCAGGGCAUGAUGGGGGAGAAGCUGCAGAUGCUGAAGCGCGGGAUGCGGCUGGUGAUCGCGUCGCUCGGCCCCGCCGACCGGCUCUCCGUCGUCGCCUUCUCCGGCGCCGCCAAGCGGCUCAUGCCGCUGCGGCGGAUGUCGCGGCAGGGGCAGCGGUCGGCGCGGCAGAUCGUGGACCGCCUCGUGGUGUGCGCCGCCGCGCAGGGGCAGGAGCAGGCGCAGAGCGCGUGCGCCGGCGACGCGCUGCGCAAGGCCACCAAGGUCCUCGAGGACCGCCGCGACCGCAACCCCGUCGCCACCGUCAUGCUCCUCUCCGACACGCAGCAGCAGCAGGACGCGAGGAAGCACGGCGAUCACCACCACUCCCUGCGCCGCCCGCAGGCGGCUCCGGCGGCGGCCACGCGGUUCACCCACGUGGAGAUCCCCAUUGCCGGGCCGGCCGACGACGCGCCGGCGCGGUCGCCGCUCGCGCCCAAGGAGGAGCACCUGGAGUCGAGCGCCCCCGCGGAGCACGCCUUCGCGAAAUGCCUGGGCGGCCUCGUGAGCGUGGUCAUGCAGGAGGUGCACCUGGAGCUCGCCUUCCCGACGGGCGAGAUCACGGCGGUGUACUCCUGCGGCGCCGGGCAGCAUGCCGUGGCCCUGGCGGGCGGCGCCGGCGGCAACGGCGGGUCGGCGCUGAGCGUGCGGCUGGGCGAGAUGUACGCGGAGGAGGAGCGGGAGCUGCUGGUGGAGCUGCGGGCGCCGCUGGGCGCGCACCCGCACUCGCUCUCCGUCCGGUGCGCCUACCGCGACCCGGCGUCGCAGGAGACGGUACGCGGCGCCGAGCAGCCGCUGCUCCUGCCCCCGCUCCACGACGGCGGCGGCGGCGGGAGCUCCACGUCCUCGCAGCAGCGCCUGCACGACCUGUUCGUGGCGACGCGCGCCGUGGCGGAGUCGCGGCGUCUGGCGGAGCUGAGCGACUUCUCGACGGCCACGCACCUGCUGUCGUCGGCGCGGCGGCUGGUGCUGCAGUCCCCGCCGACGCAGCAGCAGCAGGACCUGCUGGGCGGGCUGGACACGGAGCUGAGCGACAUGCGGUGGCGGCGCGGCCAGCAGCAGCCACCAACGCCAACAUCCCGGUCGGCAACGCCGUCGGGCACGCCACGAGCGUCGUCGGGCGGCGGAGGGGGAGCAGGGGGCGAGCCGCUGACGCCGACGUCGGCGUGGCGCGCGGCGGAGCAGCUGGCGAAGGUGGCCAUCAUGCGCAAGUCCAUGAACCGGGUGAGCGACCUGCACGGCUUCGAGAACGCGCGCUUCUGACGACGGCGACGGUCGACGGUCGAUCUGUAACGAGCACGGGAAGUUGUUUUUGUUUUUGGUUUGGUUUUGUGAAUCGGACGUGAAGAAGAAGAAGACCCUGCCGGAGUGCGGCGGUGGACGGACGGCUAGAGGUGCUGCUGCCAUUGUUGUUGUUAAAAGAGUAGCCAAGUGAAAUACUAGGAUCCUCCAUGAUAUUGCUUUUUUUUUCCUUUCCUUUCCUUCUUGUUAAUUACUCCAUGUUUUUUCCUUAGUAAUUAUAAGACUUGAUUCAUUCUUAA